AUGGAAAACAGUUUUACUAUCGGUUCAUUUAAAACACACAGUUUCAUUCUGAAUGACAAGAUGGAAGUACUAAAACGUAAAUCCAAUGGUGUUUCGUUUACCAACGGACACGGACAGAAGAAGAAGAAAAAAGUUGAAUAUGCUGAAGAACAAGAUGUUGAAACGGCGUAUUUCGAAUCCGAAAUCACUUUUCAUUCAACUGUAACUAAAAUGAAAGUCAGUGCAUUGCUGAAUGAAGUAACAUUAAAAGAAAGUCAACGUCAUGAAAUCAAUCAAUUUAUUGACGAAGUUUCAAAUGAACUCAAAUCGAUUCCUCAGGGCAAAGUUCGAGAAUUCUCAAAGAUGUCGGAAUGGUUAGACAAAUUCAAUAUUAAGAUACCAUUAUCCUAUGCGAAAAUGGAAAAGUCAUUUCAAUUCUUUCCACCAACAGUCAUCGAGUCGAUUGGUUCUUAUACAUACGAUGGUUUCAUAGUCAAAUCAUCGAAUAAACUCUCGACUAUCAUCGAUCUUCUGGUGGAAAUUCCGCGUAUAUGUAUUCAUAAAAGAGAUUAUCUCAAUAAUGAAUACAUAGGAAAACGAGCUAUCUAUCUGUGCUAUUUAGCAAAAAAACUCAAGCACUCAUUAGAAUUCGCACAUUUGAAUGAUACAACAAACAAUCACGCUGUUCUAUUAGUCAAACCGAAAGAAUCAUCGACAUUUGCUAUUCGAAUAAUACUUGCACCAGAGCAGAACUCUUUCAAAGAAAAACGCUUCUUACCAACAUCGAGUAAUCUUCGUUGGAAUUGGUUUGCUGGCGAUGGAAAAGAAGAAAAUGAACCGUUCUAUCCGACGCCGAACUACAAUUCGUCGAUUCUGUUCGAUUGCCGUUGUCGAGAAACAUCGGAAUAUUUGAAGAAAAUCUUUUCUUCGUCGAAAGAAUUAUGUAAUGGAUUGAAAUUAUUCAAAAUCUGGCUUGAACAACGACAAUUAUCCCAUGACUUCGGCUCGUUUGAAGGUGGAAUGUCAGCAUUUCUACUCGCUUAUUUACUACAAACGAAUAAACUCACUCGACAAAUGAAUAGUUAUCAAGUUUUUCGUAUUGUUCUAGUGGCAUUAAUGGAAAACAACUUUCUACCAAUUGAUAAUCGUUCAUUAUCAAACGAAAAACCUGCUGAAAAUAUCUUUAACAACGACGACUGUGUCUUGACCGAUCAGUCUGGAUUGCUCAAUGUUUUUCAUACAUUAACGCGAGCAAAUUACAAACGAUUACAAUACGAAGCACGAAUAUCCUUGAACUCGUUCAAUGAUCCAGUCAUCGAUCAUUUUCAAACUCUUUUCAUGACAUCGAUGAAACCAAUCUACAGUAUGGACGCAACUAUUCAGAUCUCUUCUAUUGAUCAAUAUGAUAAACUUCUUGAAGGAAAAUCAACGAAAAAUCAACUAUUAAUGGAUAAUCUGAAUAAUAAGCAUUUUCUUCUCUGCCAACAAGUUCUUCAUCUCCUUGAAAAUGGUCUUAAAGAACGUAUCAGUUUACUUUGCCCUUUACCAUCACUAGUAAAAACCUGGCCAAUCAAUGAACCGGUACCGGCAAGAACAUCGAUCACGUUCGGAGUGAUUUUCUCUGAUCAAUACGAUUUGUCGGUACUCAAAGGACCAGAGAAUGAAACGAAAGAGGCCGCAACAUUUCGAAAACUAUGGACCGAACGAUCCGAACUGCGUCGUUUUCCUGAUGGUUCAAUCCUUGAGUCUGUUGUUUGGAAUGUCGAAACUGCGAAAGAUAAACGAUUGAUCUGGAUGGACGCAACUCGUUAUCUUUUGGAAAUACAAGCUGGUAUAUCUCCAACUCAUAUUGAAUUUGUUUACAACGAUCAACUUCCAUCAAGUCUACUGUCAAUUCCAGCUCGUCUUUUUCCAUCGUAUGGGACAGGUGAUGAACAACAUAUCUAUCUUUGUCGUGAAUUCGUUGAACUAUCCAAACAAAUUCGCACGUUAAACAAUGAACUACCUCUGAAAAUCAAUAAUAUCGUUGGUGUUGACGAAACAUUUCGUUAUACAAAUGUCUUUCCACCUUUACCAUCCGUAUUUCUAACUGAUUUGCAUAAAAUUCGUUCGAUUGAACAUACUACUCAGGCAUUAAUUCCUCGUUCAACCUCACGGUAUGCACCACCGUUCAGUCCAUCAUUAGCUAUUUUAUGUCAGUUGGAAAAGACCAGUUCAAAUGAUCGCGAUUUUGAAACUUUGGAACGUAUCAAACACUCGAAGAUACUCUACUACAUUCAACUAGCAAAACUGUUACAGCAACAAUUUCAUUUGACCUGUCGGGCAACGACCGAUUGUGUUUAUAUUGAAAAAAAUCAUUACAUCUAUCGAUUAGUUAUAUCGUACCAUAAAGAGAUCUAUUUGAUCGAAAGUGCAGCGGGAAAAAAGGAUGGUCUGGCACGAACAAUAAAGAAAACGGAUUUAUCGAAGAAAUUGAGAUUUGAUACAGAAUAUUUACCGAAGAUUCAUGCAGCUAUCUAUGGUGUUAGUCAACAAUUUGCUCAUUAUCAAUUAGUAUCACGUUUGUUUAAACGAUGGCUUUCAUCUCAACUGCUUCUACACCAUUUUGAAAGCAUCAAUGCCGACUUAAUUUGCUGUUAUGUUUUUCUUCAUUCAGCUCCGUUCGAACCACCAAAAUCAAUGCUAACCGGUUUUAGUCGUGUUCUUCGUCUACUUCGUGAUUUUGAUUGGAUCAAUGAACCGUUAAUUAUUAAUUUUAACCACGAAUUGACAAAAGAUCAAGUGUUUCAGAUGCAAGCACAAUUCAAAACGGAACGAUCAUCUCUACCGGCUCUGUGCAUAAUGCCAUCCGUAGCAUUUCACGAGAGUACGAAACCAAGCGUUCCAGUCAUGAAACGUGUCAUACAACUAGCCAAGGAAGCAUUGAAUCAUCUGGAAACAAAUAAUAGUGAAUCGAUUAAAUUUCUAUUUCGACCAAGUCUCACUUCGUAUGAUGUCAUCAUUAUGUUGGAUCCACUUCAAUGUCCACGUGCCUAUCAAGCUAUCGAUCAUGUAUCAACAGAAGUAACAUAUACAACGCGCACGAAAGGAUCCGAUGUGAAUAAUCAACAGAAUAAAUUGUUAUCUGUUGUUGAUUAUGAUCCAGCACAGUUGUUUGUUACCGAAUUACGAGCCGCCUAUAAUGAACAAGCGGAAUUCUUUCAUGAUGAAUUCGGUGGUCUCAUGGUUUGUGUACUAUGGAAACCAUCGAAAACGACAAGCAAUGGUCAUCCUAAUAUCGAUUAUGUUCAAAUAAUCGACCAAUGGAAAUCAUUAGGAACAGGAAUUAUCAAAGAGAUUCGUACUUUUCCUGAACGUUGGUGUUAA